UUUGGGGAAUUUGGGGAAAUUGGGGAGAAUUGUGGGAAUUUGGGGGAAUUUGGGGAAGAAUUUGGGGAAGAAUUUGGGAGAAUUUUGGGGAGAUUUGGGGAAACUUGUGGGAAUUUUGGGGAAUUUGGGAAAAUUUGGGGAGAAUUUGGGGAGAAUUUGGGGAGAAUUUGGGGAAUGUGGGAAAAAUGAGGGGGAAUUUUGGGGGAUUUUGGGGAAAAUUUUGGGAAAUUUUGGGACUUUUGGGGAUUUUUUGGGGAAUUUUGGGAUUUUUUUUGGGAAUUUUGUGGAUUUUGGGAAUUUUGGGAUUUUUUUGGGAAUUUUGGGGAUUUUUGGGAAUUGUGGGAUUUUGGGGAGUUUUGGGAUUUUUUUUUAAUUUUGGGGAUUUUUGGGAAUUGUGGGGAUUUUUGGGAAUUUUGUGGAUUUUUUUGGGAAUCUGGGGAUUUUUUGGGAAUUGGGAUUUUUGGGAGUUUUGAGAUUUUUUGGGAAUUUUAGGAUUUUUAGGAAUUUGGGGAUUUUGGGAAUUUUGGGAUUUUUUGGGAAUUUUGGGGAUUUUUGGGGAGUUUUGGGAUUUUUUUGGGAAUUUGUGGAUUUUUUGGAGUUUUUUGGGAUUUUUUUGGGAAUUUUGUGGAUUUUGGGAAUUUUGGGAUUUUUUGGGAAUUUUGGGGAUUUUUGGGAAUUGUGGGAUUUUGGGGAGUUUUGGGAUUUUUUUGGAAUUUGGGGAUUUUGGAGAUUUUUUGGGAUUUUUUAGGGAGUUUUGGGAUUUUCUGGGAAUUUUGGGGAUUAUUUUGGAAUUUUGGGGGAUUUUGGGGAUUUUUUGUGAAUUUUGGCUUUUUUUGUGGAUUUUGGCAUUUUUUUGGGAAUUAUGUGGAUUUUUUGGAAUUUUGCGAUUUUUUUGGGAGUUUUGGGAUUUUUUGGGAAUUUUGGGGAUUUUUUUUUUAAUUUUGGGAUUUUUGGGAAUUGUGGGGAUUUUUGGGGAGUUUUGGGAUUUUUUGGGGGGAAUUUUGUGGAAUUUUUUUGGGAAUUUUGGGAUUUCUUUUUGGGAAUUUUGUGGAUUUUUUUGGGAAUUUUCGGGAUUUCUUUUUGGGAAUUUUGUGGAAUUUUUUUGGGAAUUUUGGGAUUUCUUUUUGGGAAUUUUGUGGAAUUUUUUGGGAAUUUUGUGGAAUUUUUUUUGGGAAUUUUUGGGAUUUCUUUUUGGGAAUUUUGUGGAAUUUUUUUGGGAAUUUCGGGAUUUCUUUUUGGGAAUUUCGGGAGCCCCCUCCCCCACUCGUGCCCCUCCCCUCCCCUCCCCUCCCCCAGCGAUGAGCGGGAGCCCCAGCCCGGGGGGACCCCCCCGACCCCCCCCAAAUUCCCGGAUCCCGGAGCUGCCCCGGGCGGAGCCGGCCCCGAACCCUGCGGGAUCCUGAGCAGGAAAAUCCUGCGGGAGAGGCACGGCAAGAGAGCUCCGUGGGGCCGGCGGGGCUGGCGCAGUUUCCGUGCCGAGCUCCGGGGCCCGUGGCUGCUGUUCCUGCGGGAUCCCCCCGGGGCCCCGGCCGAGGUUUUGGGGCUCCCGCACGCGCUGGCGCUGCCGCACCCCGAGUACGGCAAGAGAGCUCACGUGUUCCUGCUGCGCACCCGCGAGCGCUGCGAGAUGCUGUGCCAGGCGCGGAGCGGGGCGGAGCUGUCCCUGUGGGUCCGGGGGAUCAACGUGGCCGCCGCGCUCUGCUCGGCGCCGCCGCUCCCCGCGGCCGUGGGGUCCCGGCCCCGCUUCGUGAGACCCGUGCUGCCCUCGGCCCCGAGCCGCUGCCCCCCGGAGCAGCAGCUGGCCCGGCUGUCCCGCUGGCUGGGGACAGUGACGUGCCAGAUCCUGGAGCACGAGCGGCUGCGGCCCGAGGGACGGGGACGGGACCUGGAGGAGCACCGGGAACAGGGAGAGUUCCUGCUGGAGGAGCGCCAGCGCUCCCUGACCUACGUGCAGGCCUUGGGGACAUGGCUGCGAGGGGACAGCGGGGACAGCGCGGCCCUUGGGGACACCCCGCGGUGUCCCCGUGAUGUCCCGGUGUCCCCUGGGGACACCCCGCGGUGUCCCCGUGAUGUCCCGGUGUCCCCUGGGGACACCCCGCGGUGUCCCCGUGAUGUCCCGGUGUCCCUUGGGGACACCCCGCGGUGUCCCCGUGAUGUCCCGGUGUCCCCUGGGGACACCCCGCGGUGUCCCCGUGAUGUCCCGGUGUCCCCUGGGGACGCCCCGCGGUGUCCCCGUGAUGUCCCCUCCCUGACCAAGGCUCACUCCAGUCCCUCGCUUGUCCCCGAGCCACCCCUGGGGCCACUGGGGCGCGUGCGGCGUCACAUCUCCGAGCGCAGGGCCACCCGUGCCGUUGUCCCCAAGCGCCACCGCGACCGCCCCUGACACCCGGAGU